ACAACCAGUUAAACAGCGACACUCGAGGCAGACGGUCAGCAACUCGACAAAAGAAUACUUUUAUAAUUUAUCGCGUUCUUCCGAUAUUUCACAAUGCAGUUUAAUAAAGUGGGCAUUUUUAUGGCCGCGAUAAUCGCAAUCAAUCUACAGGGAUCCCUUGCCAACAGUAUUAAUUGCACUACAACGGGCUCUGAAGCUCUCACCACCUGUGCAGACGAUAUAACUUCGUGUUUUAUUCAAAAAGGACAAGAUGGCACCGUGACACGUGGAUGCCUGCCAAAAGAUACAACCUGUACGGCGCCCGAUUGUCUGACCUGUGAGGGAAACAAUUGCAACUCGAAUGUGAAUCUGAUGUGCAGACAAUGCAAUGGCACCGAUACAGCAUGUUCCACCAGCAAUGUCACAACAUCCGCUGUUAUAUGCGCGGCAAAUCAAUUGUGUACCGCUGCCGUUAAUACGGAUGAGACUGUGUCGCGUGGUUGCGGCGAACAAUGUGCUGCCGAUAAUGCCACCUGCUUCAGUUGCACUACGGACAACUGCAAUCUGGCCAUUUUUCCGACGGACCGACGACAGUGCUAUCAGUGUACGGGUGAGGCAUGCAACACGGUGACCGACGCUAUGUUGGAGCCUUGUUCGCUGUACAAGACAGAGGGACAAAAGUGCUACACAAUUGGCACGAAUGCCAACACAAUGAUUCGUGGAUGCACCUCUGAUGCGGAUGCCAAGUGUACGACGACCACCGAGGAUACUAGCUGUUUGUUGUGUGACAAUGAGAAUGGUUGCAACAAUCGCACAUACGAAAGUGUGUUAAACAAAUGCAUCAAGUGCAGCAAUGAUGACACUUGCUUAAAUGCUCAAAACGCGGCGGACGCUCAAAAUUGUGCUAGCUCCAAUUACACACUGACCGCAGCCAGUUGCUACACACAACUCUUUGACAACGGUACUGUGGCACGUGGCUGUGUCAAUGAAUUGACUGAGACAUGCGACACUGAGAACGAUUGCAAAGAGUGCAGUACUGAUGCAUGCAACACGGAAGAAGGCACCUUCACAUGCUACGUGUGUCGCAGUGACAACGAUCCUGGAUGUCGUACGAUGACCAAUAUCCCUCCGUCACCCUGCAUAAACACAUCCCUGACCAGUACAGACUCAAAGCAAUGCCUCAGUGGCGAGUGGGAUGGCAUCGUUAUCCGUGGUUGCCUUAUUGAUGCGGGCGAGGUAAUGAAGUUCCAAUGUGUCUACGACGACGAUCGCUGUAUAGCCUGCAAGGGAGCCAAUUGUAACAAUAACACGGAGAAAUACAACAGCGCCGCUACCUUGCAACAUUUGGGUCUGGGAAUGCUGACAAUCUUCUUCUUAGUGCGAAACGUCGUUUUGUAAUCAAUUUGACUGCAGUCUAUCUUACUGUGUAUAAGCAUACAUAUUUCAAAUGUAUAUGUGAACAGGUGUUUGCCAUAUGUAAUGUUAUCUAUCAAUAUCAAACAACAGUACAAUAAUAAAUAUAUUAAAUAGAAAA